UUGAGAAGCCUCUGGAUAAAAAGGCUGGCAGAAAUUAUGGCCCUCCGGGUACCAAGAAACUUAUCUACUUUAUUGAUGAUCUGAACAUGCCUGAAGUGGAUGCCUACGGCACGGUGCAGCCCCAUACGCUGAUCAGGCAGCACCUGGACUACGGCCACUGGUACGACAGGACCAAGCUGUCGCUGAAGGAGGUCACGAAUGUGCAGUACGUGUCAUGCAUGAACCCAACUGCGGGGAGUUUCACCAUCAACCCGCGUCUGCAGCGUCACUUCUGCGUCUUCGCUCUCUCCAUCCCUGGUCAGGGUGCCUUGUCCAGGAUCUACAGCACAGUUUUAACGCAGCACCUGAUGAGUGGGAAUUUCUCAGGGGCUGUACAAAAAUCGGCACAGCAGCUGAUUGCCCUGGCCCUGGGACUGCAUCAGAAAGUAGCUGUUACUUUCCUGCCAACGGCUAUCAAGUUCCACUACGUUUUCAACCUGAGAGACUUCUCCAAUAUCUUCCAAGGCCUUCUAUUCUCGACCCCUGAAUGUGUGAAGCAACCCCAAGACCUAGUGAAGCUCUACCUGCAUGAGUCAAACCGGGUGUACCGGGAUAAGAUGGUUGAAGAAAAGGAUUAUGGUACUUUUGAUAAAAUCCAGCUGGAGAUGGUGAAAAAAUUCUACGACGACAUUGAAGAAACUUUAGAGCAGACCAAGCGAAUGAAUGUUUAUUGCCAUUUUGCUAAAGGCAUCGGUGAACCCAGCUAUAGGCCGGUUCCAACCUGGGAGGAGUUGAACCAGAUCCUUGUGGAGGCCUUGGACAGCUACAAUGAGGUCAAUGCUGCCAUGAACCUGGUACUGUUUGAGGAUGCCAUGUGCCACAUUUGCCGCAUCAACCGUAUCCUGGAGUCCCCCAGAGGAAACGCUCUCCUGGUCGGCGUGGGCGGAAGCGGCAAGCAGAGCCUCACCAGACUGGCAGCCUUCAUCAGCUCUCUGGAGGUUUUCCAGAUCACUUUGAGGAAGGGGUAUGGGAUCCCUGACCUGAAGGCAGACCUGGCAAACCAGUACCUGAAAGCCGGCGUGAAGAACAUCGGCACCGUGUUCCUGAUGACCGACGCGCAGGUGGCAGACGAGCAGUUCCUCGUGCUGGUGAACGACUUCUUAGCAUCAGGUGAAAUCCCUGAUCUCUUCCCCGAUGAUGAAGUGGAAAACAUCAUCAACAGCGUGAGGAAUGAAGUCAAAGGCCGGGGUCUGGUGGACUCCAGGGAGACUUGCUGGAAGUUUUUUAUAGAGCGUGUUCGACGACAGCUGAAGGUCGCGCUGUGUUUUUCGCCGGUCGGUAGCAAGCUGCGCGUGCGCAGCAGGAGGUUCCCCGCCAUCGUCAGCUGCACGGCCAUCGACUGGUUCCAGGAGUGGCCGCGGGAGGCCCUCGAGUCCGUCAGCCUCCGCUUUCUGCAAGGAACAGAGACCGUGGAGGAUUCAGUGAAAGAUUCAAUAAGCAAAUUCAUGGCUUACGUCCACACAAGCGUCAACGACAUAUCCCGACUGUAUCUGAGCAAUGAGCGACGAUAUAACUACACCACUCCGAAAUCGUUCCUUGAGCAAAUCAAACUCUACCAGAAUUUGCUUUUGAAAAAGGGCAAGGAUUUGAAAGCAAAAAUGGAGCGACUGGAGAAUGGCCUGGAGAAGCUCAACAGCACGUCUGCACAGGUGGAUGAGCUGAAGGCCAAGCUAGCGGCCCAAGAAGUGGAGCUGAAGCAGAAGAAUGAUGAUGCUGACAAGCUGAUCCAGGUGGUGGGGGUGGAGACAGAGAAAGUGAGCAGGGAAAAGGCAGUCGCUGAUGAGGAGGAGCAGAAAGUGGCACUUAUCACCCAGGAGGUUGAGCAGAAACAGAAGGACUGCGAGGAGGACCUGGCCAAAGCUGAGCCUGCCCUGGCAGCUGCCCAGGCUGCUCUGAACACCCUCAACAAGAAGAACCUGACGGAGCUGAGGUCCUUUGGGUCACCGCCUUCAGCCGUCAGCAACGUCACCGCGGCCGUGAUGGUGCUGACAGCCCCGGGAGGAAAAAUUCCCAAGGACAGGAGCUGGAAAGCAGCAAAAGCUGCCAUGGCCAGGGUGGAUGGCUUCCUGGACUCCUUGAUCAAGUUCGAUAAGGAGAACAUCCACGAGAACUGCCUCAAAGCCCUUCAGCCUUAUUUACAAGAUCCCAAGUUUAAACCUGAAUUUGUGACCACCAAGUCCUACGCUGCGGCCGGCCUCUGCUCCUGGGUGGUAAACAUCGUGCGCUUCCACGAGGUGUACUGCGACGUGGAGCCGAAGCGGCAGGCGCUGAGCAAAGCCAACACUGAGCUGGCGGCUGCCCAGGACAAACUGGCCAGCAUCAAGGCCAAAAUUGCCCGCCUCAAUGAGAACCUGGGAAAGCUCACUGCCAAGUUUGAGAAGGCCACUUCAGACAAACUCAAAUGUCAGCAAGAAGCUGAAGCUACAGCGUGUACCAUCGCUCUUGCAAAUCGACUGGUUGGGGGACUUGCUUCUGAGAACGUGAGAUGGGCUGAAGCUGUGAAGGAGUUCAAACAGCGACAGAGCACCUUGUGUGGAGAUGUCUUGCUGAUUACGGCCUUCGUCUCCUAUCUGGGCUACUUCACCAAGAAAUACCGACAAGACCUCCUGGAUGGAAUCUGGAAGCCGUAUUUGCACCAGCUCAAAGUGCCAAUCCCUGUGACUCCAUCCCUCGAUCCUCUGACCCUGCUGACAGAUGAUGCUGAUGUAGCGGCUUGGCAGAACGAGGGCCUGCCAGCUGAUCGGAUGUCCACUGAAAAUGCCACCAUCCUCACCAACUGUGAGCGCUGGCCCCUCGUGGUGGAUCCCCAGCUGCAGGUUAUCAAAUGGAUCAAAACAAAGUAUGGCGAAGACCUGCGAGUGAUCCGAGUUGGGCAGAAGGGGUAUUUGGACACAAUGGAACGAGCCCUGGCUGCGGGAGAACUGGUUUUGAUUGAAAACCUGGAGGAAUCCGUGGAUCCAGUGUUGGGGCCGUUACUGGGGCGAGAAACAAUCAAGAAAGGAAGGUACAUUAAGAUUGGGGACAAGGAGUGUGUCUUCAACCCUGCUUUCCGUCUCAUCCUCCACACAAAGCUGGCAAACCCCCAUUUCCAACCUGAGCUGCAGGCGCAGUGCACCCUCAUCAACUUCACCGUCACACGAGACGGCUUGGAGGACCAGCUUCUCGCGGCCGUGGUCAACAUGGAGAGGCCUGACUUGGAAGAGCUUAAGUCAGAUCUCACAAAGCAACAGAAUGGAUUCAAAAUCACCUUGAAAACAUUAGAGGACAACUUGCUCUCUCGGUUGUCAUCAGCAUCUGGAAACUUCCUGGGAGACACAACGUUGGUGGAGAACUUGGAGAUCACCAAACAGACAGCUGCAGAAAUUGAAGAGAAGGUCCAGCAGUCUAAGGUGACAGAAGCCAAGAUUAAUGAGGCCAGAGAACACUACAGGCCUGCUGCUGCGCGGGGCUCUCUGCUGUACUUCACCAUGAACGACCUCCAUGCCAUCCAUCCCAUGUACCAGUUCUCCCUGAAGGCGUUCAGCAUCGUGUUUCAGAAAGCCAUUGAGAGGGCACCUCCCGAUGAGAGCCUCGCUGUGCGCGUGCUGAACCUCAUCGACAGCAUUACCUUCUCUGUGUUCCAGUACACAACCCGGGGGCUGUUUGAGUGCGAUAAAUUGACCUACACCGCUCAAGUUACCUUCCAGAUACUUCUGAUGAAUAAAGAAAUCAACACAGUAGAACUGGAUUUCCUACUAAGAUACCCAGCACAGACCAGGGUCACAAGCCCUGUGGAGUUCCUGUCUAAUCACUCCUGGGGAGGAAUCAAGGCUCUCUCAUCUAUGGAGGAAUUCAGAAACCUGGAUCGGGAUAUUGAGGGGUCUGCAAAACGGUGGAAAAAAUUUGUUGAAUCUGAGUGUCCUGAAAAGGAGAAGUUCCCUCAGGAAUGGAAGAACAAGUCAGCUCUGCAGCGCCUGUGCAUAAUGAGAGCCAUCCGACCCGACCGCAUGACCUACGCUGUCAGAGAUUUUGUAGAAGAAAAGCUUGGCAGUAAGUACGUGGUAGGGAGAUCCCUGGAUUUUGCAACAACCUUUGAGGAAUCAGGACCUGCAACCCCAAUGUUUUUUAUCCUGUCGCCAGGGGUCGACCCACUGAAGGAUGUGGAGAAACAAGGGAAGAAACUUGGUUAUACAUUUAACAACAGGAAUUUCCACAAUGUUUCCCUUGGACAAGGCCAAGAGGUAGUUGCUGAACAAGCUCUAGAUCUGGCUGCGAAGGAGGGUCACUGGGUCAUCCUUCAGAACAUCCACCUGGUGGCCAAGUGGCUGAGCUCUCUGGAGAAGAAGCUGGAGCAGCACAGCGAAGGCAGCCACCAGAACUUCCGUGUCUUCAUUAGUGCAGAGCCAGCACCCUCCCCUGACAGCCACAUCAUUCCCCAGGGCAUCCUGGAGAACUCCAUCAAAAUCACCAACGAGGCCCCGACCGGGAUGCAUGCAAACCUGCACAAAGCCCUCGACAACUUCAACCAGGAUACCCUGGAGAUGUGCACCCGGGAGAAUGAGUUCAAGAGCAUCCUGUUUGCCCUCUGCUAUUUCCAUGCCUUGGUGGCAGAAAGGCGCAAGUUUGGCCCCCAAGGCUGGAACCGUUCCUACCCCUUUAACGCUGGAGACCUCACCAUCUCCGUGAACGUGCUAUAUAAUUACCUGGAGGCCAGCUCAAAGGUCCCAUAUGAUGAUUUACGUUACCUCUUUGGUGAGAUUAUGUACGGAGGUCACAUUACAGAUGACUGGGACAGGCGGCUUUGCAAAACCUAUUUGGAAGAAUUUAUUAAGCCAGAAAUGCUGGAGGGAGAACUCCUCCUUGCUCCAGGAUUCCCCCUCCCGGGGAACAUGGACUAUAAUGGAUAUCAUCAGUACAUAGACGAUGCCUUGCCUCCGGAGUCUCCUUACCUGUAUGGCCUCCAUCCCAACGCUGAGAUUGGCUUCCUUACCCAGAGCUCAGAGAAGCUCUUCCGCAUCGUGUUGGAGAUGCAGCCCCGGGACACCAGCGUGGGCGAAGGAGGAGUGGCAACCAGGGAAGAAACGGUGAAAGCUCUUCUGGAGGAGAUGUUAGAGAAACUGAUGGAUGAGUUUAACAUUGCAGAACUGAUGGCAAAGGUGGAGGAGAGGACGCCGUACAUUGUGGUGGCCUUCCAGGAAUGUGAGCGCAUGAACAUCCUCACCAGUGAAAUAAAGCGCUCUCUCAAGGAACUGGAUCUGGGGCUGAAGGGGGAGCUGACCAUGACAAGUGACAUGGAGAACUUGCAGAAUGCCCUUUUCUUGGACACGGUGCCUGAGUCUUGGAUAAAGAGGGCUUACCCUUCCACAGCCAGCCUGGGCACGUGGUUUGCUGACCUCCUCACUCGCAUCAAGGAGCUGGAGGCCUGGACAGGAGACUUUUCUUUACCGUCCGCAGUGUGGCUUGCUGGGUUCUUCAAUCCCCAGUCUUUCCUGACAGCCGUCAUGCAGUCCACAGCCCGAAAGAAUGCGUGGCCUUUGGACAAGAUGACCUUGCAGUGUGAUGUGACAAAAAAGAACAGAGAAGAUUUUGCCAGUCCUCCUCGGGAAGGGGCAUAUGUCCACGGUUUUUUCAUGGAGGGUGCACGCUGGGAUGCACAGACUGGGAUAAUCACAGAUGCCAGGCUCAAGGAACUAACCCCAGCCAUGCCAGUCAUUUUCAUCAGAGCCAUUCCUGCUGACAAACAAGAUACCCGUAGUAUGUACCCAUGCCCUCUCUACAAAACACGUCAAAGGGGACCAACUUAUGUGUGGACUUUUAACCUUAAAACUAAAGAAAACCCUUCCAAGUGGGUGCUUGCUGGUGUGGCAUUGCUGCUACAGAUCUAGGCUCACCAGCAGAGCACCUCAUCUGCAAAUCCCUAAUGAGGUGUUUCUCAGACGACUGAAAAAAUAAUAUCCUGAGACUGAAGCCAAGCUCCAUGUCUCUGAGUACUGGUCACUUGGCCUAAAUAGAGGCUGCAAGGAGGAGACAGAGGUGCAGAGAGAUGCGUGGACCAGAUCCUUGGCUGCUGUAAAUCAAUGUCCUGUAAUUCCUCCACUGCUGCACUGGAGCCCUGGAAGAUCCCAACCCACAUCCAGAUCUUCCAUACCCAGAGAGGGCUAAUCUCAAAUCUGAAUUUAAUGUUUAUUUUCUUUCUUUUUUGUGAUUCAAAGUAGUUUUAAAGUCAGUGGCUUUCUCUGAUAUCCUUAGACAGUUCAGCGACCUGUGAAAUUCUUUAGGCCUGUUUCUUUUCUAUACAUGAGUGUUUCUUUGUCAUAUGUGUAAUGUCAAAAGUUGAGGGAACAUCAGCUGCUGUGGAUAUGAAUUGUUUCUUGCUAAUAUACCUGUAAAUUUUAGAAGCACUAAAAAUAGUGUUAAUAUCCAAUGUGUUUAAUGUAAUCAACAGUAAAAAUGCAGCACAGGAAUUAUUUAAGAAGGAUAUUUUGUAAUGAUAGAAAUUUACUAAUAAAAAUCAU